UGUCGGACUCCUCGCCUUGUCUUGGGCUCAAAUGAGCUGUUUGCUGCUGUAGGGAAACAUUAGUCUUCUACCAACCAACCAGCCGGGGGACGCCACAUCUCAACUUUUUUCUGUAUGCGGUGGGGGUUUCUGUACUUCGGAGGCGCCCCAGACUGAGGAGAUUUUAACAGAGAAGUCCCGCUGAAUCUUUUUCUUUCUACUUUUUUAUUUUUAUUUUUUGUCAGUAUCAUUUUUUAAACGUGUAUAACAUCGAAGAGGAGGGGGGAAGUAGACAUGCCUCAGCUUAGCAGCGGCGGCGGGGACGACCUGGGAGCCAAUGAUGAGAUGAUAUCGUUUAAGGACGAAGGAGAGCAAGAGGAGAAAAUCCAAGAAAACGCGUUCACGGAGAGAGAUCUGGCCGACCUCAAGUCCUCUCUGGUGAACGAGUCGGAAAUAAAUCAAAGUCCGAACGCAGCGGCGGUCAGACGGGGGCAGCAGGGCGAGCAGAGGGGCUUCCCAGACAAACACCGGGAGCAUCUCGACGUUGUGUCGAAGCAGCAAGAUGGAGGUAUGUACAAGUCGCCGGGAUAUCCAGGGUACCCGUUCCUGAUGCUGCCAGACCCCUACCUCCCCAACAGCUCCGUUUCUCCAUCUUCUAACAAAGUCUCGGUGGUACAGCAGUCUCACGGGAUGCACCCGCUGACCUCCCUCCUGCCCUACAGCAACGAUCACUUCAGCCCGAGUUCUCCUCACCUGCCCACAGACAUGAGCCAGAAGACAGGCGUUCACAGGCAUCAGUCCCAGGACCUCUCAGGAUAUUACUCCCUCCCUCCUGGUGGCGUCAGCCAGAUCACUCCCUCGAUGAGUUGGCAGAGCCAGCCUGUCUAUCCUGCCCUGUCCCCAUGUGGAUUCAGGCAGCCCUACCCCUCCAAUCUCCCCAGCGCAUCGUCCUACUCCAGGUUUUCUCACUCGCUGAUGCUCGGCCCAUCGGGCAUGCAUCCUACAGGGAUCCCCCAUCCAGCCAUAGUGCCCCCUACAGGCAAACAGGAUCACGAGCAGUAUGACAGGAGCAUGUACGUGAAGCCACAGGUGGAGCCCAAGCGGGAGAAGGAGCCCAAGAAGCCGGUCAUCAAGAAACCUCUGAACGCCUUCAUGCUUUACAUGAAGGAGAUGAGGGCAAAGGUCAUCGCCGAGUGCACAUUAAAAGAGAGCGCAGCCAUCAAUCAGAUCCUGGGACGAAGGUGGCAUGCACUGACCCGGGAGGAACAGGCCAAGUACUACGAGUUGGCCAGAAAGGAAAGACAACUGCACAUGCAGCUCUACCCAACUUGGUCUGCUAGGGACAACUACGAGGCGGGCCUUAGCGGGGUCGCAGGGGAAAAGAAUAAAGCUGAUUGGGGCAAGAAGAAGAGGAGAAAAAGGGAGAAGCAGCAGGACUCCAACACAGACCCGGGCUCUCCUAAGAAAUGCCGGGCUCGCUUCGGCCUCAACCAACAAACGGACUGGUGCGGUCCUUGCAGGAGGAAAAAGAAGUGCAUUCGCUACCUUCAAGGAGGAGGCUGCCCCAGCCCAACUUCUUCAGAUUUAAGUGCUAUAGACUCUCCCCCGUCCCCUUCUCCCGCCCGACACCGUCUCUUCCAGCUCCAGCGGCCCCCCUCCCCGGGCUGCUCCCCGCCGCCGACCUCCCCUUCGGCACGUCUCCCCUUGUCUCCGCCAGCGCAUGCACUCUCACACACGCGCUUAACUCCGCAGCAGUCUGCCGGCAAACGCGGGGACCUCCGCACGGUCGCAGCAAAGCACCCCCACGCACACCCGGAACUGUCCAGCAAGCAGACGCACAGCCCGUCGGUGCUGUCGGCCGCCAAGGCCGCAGGACUCUCUCUCAAAGUGCUAACAGAGACCCAGUGAUGGCUGUGGUCUGCUCGCAUCAACAACCCCCACACUCCUCAGCUUCCUCCAGAGCCGUUACGAUCAUCCUCAUCAGCUGACAUCAGUUUUAUGUACACCCCCUCCCCCUGAGGUUCAUUUGAUGUUACAGAAAAAGGAGCAAGUUGAAGGCAUCGAUCCCUCCCCUACCCCACCCUAUCCUCAGUAGGACAGUAGCUGUCUCUUAGUUCAGAGGCUGGAUUCGUCAAUAUCUGCAUUUUUACGGUCACAAAGUCCUUCUCAAAGAGAUCUGUCACGUGACAUUACAUUAAGCUGAGGACACAAGCCAAUUUGAAGGAUCCAGUCACUGAACUGGUGACCAAAAAUCCACCAGCUUUAGAACACAUAGUAGCGAGCAAUGCUAAGGUGCAUGCAAAAACAAAACAAUAAAAAAAUGAUUGCGGUUCUUUGGCUCCACCUGCUGCAGUUAAAACUCAACUGAAGUGAUUAUCAUACUUUAUGGAUAAGUAACUCCAUAGCGAUGACAAUCUGACAUACUUUUACUCUUAAAGCUUCACCAUCACAUCCAUCUCCUGGAAAUGUUAUCACCCAUUUAUAAGAACCACAAGAGGGGAGCAAGGACCAACUGCCACCCAACCUGACCAGCAGAACCUCAGAUUCCAAGAGGCAUGGAUUCACUUUCAAUAGCUGCCAUUACACAGUCUGACUCUAAGUUUCCCCCUUUUUCUUCCCCAAACAUUUUCAUGAAUACUUGUGCAGCUUCUUUGACAAAAAAUAUAUAAAUAUAUAUUUCCAGCAGUUUUAAAAAGAAAAUUCUGAAGUUCACAUUACUUUUAGGCACUUUCAGGCUGUCAAUCUAUGGCUUCACCAACUGUUACAUUGUUUGUGUUUUUGCAUAAUUAGUGGUAUUUUUUUGUAUGAAUCUCAUGAUUUUUAAGGUCAGGCUUUCUACAGGUGGGAAUCCCUCAGAAGAGUGUUAUUGUCUUUUAAGUCUUGUUUUCCUUUGAACAUUUUCCAGCGCAGCAGAUUAAACUGAGACCAAAUGGGUACUAUUAUAUUGCAUUGUGUUGUAAAGUUUUAUAAUUAAACUUUUAUAUGGUUUUGUGUAAAAAAAAAAAAUUUUAAAAAAAAGUUUAAAAAAUAUUCUUUUUAAAAAAAGUUAGUUUCUACCAUUUCUUAAAGCAAUACAUUCGUUUGUCUUGUGCAAAGUUUUUUUUUGUCAAGUGUCAUGGUCUUACUCUGCAUUUUUACAGCUAACGUAACAGACAUUUUGAUUUUUUUAAUAAGGCUUUAAUUUUCUUUUCUGCUUAGUUUCUACUCUGUGGACAAACUAGAAGCUGAGUUUUUUGUACAGCAAUAUAGUUUCCCUCCACCAGAGAGAGCUAUUGUGCUAGAAGUAGUUUGCAAUAGUGGCAGCACCUCAAAGAUGUCCAGCAUUUUAUUUUAUUUUUUCUUUUAAAUGCCUUUGAUGUGUUAUUGUGUUUUUGAUUGUUGUAAUAAAGUGUUUUGACUA